GAUGGCGCACCCCGGACCCUUCGCCGACGCGGACCUCCAACGGUCUGCCACACUGCGGAGCGUCCAGCUGGGAGGUGGCGGACCUCCCCGCGCUCCCCGACGAGGACGCCCGCGACGGCAGCCCUGACCAGAUCGAGCGCGUGGGAGGCGCCUGCGCCGAUGCCGCUCGCAGCAAGCAGGGCAGCCGCGGGCGUAGCCUUGAGUUGGAGCUGUACAUCGACGACGAAGAGCUCACGGAGGUCACCACUCCUCGGGGCCACGACCAGGUGGCCUAUGGGCCGUCAAAGCGGGGCGUGCUCAGCAGCUUCAGCGGCGACUGCAGCACUUUUGCCCCGAAGGCGCCGCCCCACGUCGCCCAGGCCUGGGCCCGGAUCCGCACGCCAUCCCCAGAGGCCCGGACGCUGGCGUCGCACGCGCCGCCGCCGCCGCAGGGCAUGGCCGAGAAACCCCCGCAGUGGAUGCCCUUCCGGCACCACCCGCUGUACCACGACGCACAGCAGGGGGCCACGCCAGACGCGGCCUGGGCCCGCAUCCGCACGCCGUCCCCGGAGGCCCGCACGCUGGCGCCGCACGCGCCGUCGGCGUGGUCGCAGGGCAUGGCCGAGAAGCCCCCGCAGAGGAUGAUGCCUUUCUGGCAGCCCUUGGCGGAGGCGCCGCCGCCCCCGCCAGCGCCCGCGGCAGCCCCUGCGCAGCGCGACAGAACGCGCGCCAACGCGCCCAGGACCGCCACGGUCAUGGCGAAGCAGAACAAGAAGAAGAAGAGCUGCCAGCCGCCGGCCUGCAUGGGCAUGCCGAACGAGUUCGUGGGGGUGCUCAGCGUCGGCUCAGUUGGCCACCCAUACUCCUGCCAGGACCCUUGCAAGUAUGUGCGGAAGACCCGCGGGUGCAAGGACGGGGCGGAUUGCAGCCAUUGCCACGUGUGUGUCUGGAACCGCUACGAGGCAAGCCGGGCGACGGGCAUGAGGAAUCAAUUGGCCCUGGUUGCGAGGUGA